AUGCUCUAUGCUGAAAAAACUUUGCGAGGAGACAACCAGCAUCUCAUACUUUUGGACAAUGUGGAAAUAAAUUUGGAUUCCUGUGGGUCUUUUAUUAACGGAAAUAUGUCAGGAAGUCCGAAGCUUAUCAGUGAAUGUUCCUGUCCCACUCCAAGCACUGACGGUAUGACUUCGAUUCAUGACUGGCUCUCAAGCCUCGUACACACACCAAAGUACCACAUGACGAUGACCUCAAGCGACCAACCAGUAGCCAUAAAUGAAUCGUCUUUUCUACCAACUUCUUCAAGCCAACAGUUUUCCGCAUCCCAUAUCUCCGGAAACCAAUCAUAUGAAUGGAGGGAAGAUUGCCUAAACAUCCUUGAUGACCAGUAUGGAGUUCCGCCACAACAAAAUUGUUUGAAUAACUUGCAGCAGGCGACAGACUGGAACAAAUGUCAUACCGUGACGACAGCUAUUUGUCAGCCUUCAAGUCAUCCAUGCUUCAACUUGGUAGCCGGAGAGAAUUUUAUCUCAAAUUGUGAUUUUUCGGCCGAGAGUUUUCUGCCUGUCGAAAUGCUGCUCGGGGGCACAAACAAGAUGACGGAUGAAUACCCUCAGAGUACUUUGAAAUCUGGGAACUACAUCUGUAGCAAUCUCUCUACUGACUUAGCUCCCAAAAGCUAUGAUGGAUCAGCUGAACGUCCAGGGCUACUGCUGUCUCAGUUAACGAAGCCGCAACAAAAUAUGAUGGACAGACCUAACAAAAUGUGCAAAUUCGACCUAUCUCCGCCUCAUACAUUCCCCCACUGUGAUUAUGUCAGUGAUGUGCAGGUUAAUUUUGCACGAGACUGCACUUACUCGCAUGAUGCAGUGAUAAUAUCUCGGAAGCAAGUACCUCAGUCGGCUUCCAACGACCUAGUAUGCCCUGGAAACGACCAAACCGUUUACGAAGCAGCAGACAGCUCUGUGGAUGUUGCUGAUUUCAAGUGUGGACGUUCAAGGUCAUCCAAAUCUUCAUCAGGAAAAUACCCCAUGAAAUCAGACAGUGCAUAUCAACAUGACGUGUGUCACUGUCUCACCAACUGCCACUGUCUUGACCAANAAAUACCCCAGAAAUCAGACAGUGCAUAUCAACAUGACGUGUGUCACUGUCUCACCAACUGCCACUGUCUUGACCAAGUUCUUGACAUUUCAGGUCCCGCAAAACAAACACUUGCCUCUAGUAGCACAUACUUUUGGCAGUAUAAUUCGCAAUGCAAAGGACCCAAAGCGAUACGACUCGUGGAUCUUGAAGGACCUGUGUUGCAUGGUGAACAGACAGUAGCAGACCAGCCGGACAGUACUGCUGGCUUUCUUGAUGGUCUUACCCUGUUUGAUUCAGGGGACCAGCCAGUGAUCUCAGUGCAAACUACUUCAACAGCAUCAUUACCGGAAUAUCCAUUUGUAGUAUUCGAGGAUCCUGUCCAACGUCGGUACGACUUAGUCCAUUGUUCAAAAUUACGGCGCGGAGACGGAAACGACGUUACCCCUAAUUUACCACGAUUGCGAGCAAUGGGAGAAGAACUGGAAGGUCUCAAUCAACAACUGAUUGAACACGGUGAGAUAAUCGUUGCCGGAACAGCUGGUGGCCCAACCUCACUUACAUCCAUGUUCCUGACUCAACCCGAACCGUUCAACAAACUUUCUCCUGGAUUAUCUCCACUUCCACUGGACUGCAAACUGAUUGAACAAGCAAAACGCGAAAAGAACAAAUUGGCAAGCAAAAUUUGUCGGCUGAAAAAGAAAGCUUUUCAUGAAGCCAACAAGAUAAAGUACACCGGUCUAGAGAAAGAAUACUAUGAACUGACUUCAGUGAUCGUCCAGCUUCGAAGACUUGUUACCGACCGACUAAGAACCUGGUACAACAUGUCACAAUCAACUGUUGGCUUGUGUACAGCCUAUCCUUCACAGGAACAUCCGUUUGACCGAAGUGUACCUACAGAACCACACAAUACUCCUAAAUUCGUCUCAACAGCGCCGGGGCGAGGAGUUGCUAUGGCUGACAUCAACAAUUCAUGUAGAAUUCCUUCGUAUUACAACAACAAUACCUCCCUCACCAGUCAUGCAAUUCACAUCUAUGAAAAUACUCACAUGACGCAUGCCGCCAGUCGAACUGACGCACUCGUUGAGGAAAUACUGCGGAUAUUCCGCGCUGGUCAAACAAGUCAUCCGUUGGUCAGGGGAUUGGCAAUUGACGACGUCAGUCCAAUAAUCGCUAGUACCUCUGAACCGGUUGAAGCCACUCAGGUUCAAAGCAUGAAUUUCUGCCCCACAUCAUGUCAAAAGUCAGCUAUCACCUACAGAACUCCAAGCAAAUCUUCAGCGUCAGUCAUGAAUGACAAUGAGUACCUAGAUAUUAACACCGGCGGCUUUCAGACCACUCAGUUUAACCUUGUCGAACAAGAGCUAUACCCCAGUGGUGCUGAAUUACGAGAACCGUUGUGAUAUUGUGGAGUUCUGCAGCCCCUACUUCACCCGUUUGCGAACGCAGCCUGCACAGUCUCAUAGGAGAAAGUCCAGCUUUUUUCCGCUUAUAUAAUACGGCUUCCCACACACUGAAAUGACCACUGUGAUCACACAAAUCUUUGAAAACUUGGAGAUGCUUCAUUUUGAUUGCAUUUUGUGUACAGGAAACAUUUUUCAACAAUAAAUC